AUGCCUUCCUACAUUGUCACCCUCAAGGACGACGCCAGCGACGCGGAUAUCAACAAGACCAAGGAGGACGUCAAGAAGCAGGGCGGUGAGAUCGGCCACGAGUAUACUCUCAUCAAGGCCUUCCAGGCCAUUUUCCCCGAGGGCUCUGUCCACAGCCUUGCCAGCCACGAGCACGUCAAGGACGUCGAGGCGGAUCAGGAGGUCAGGACCCAAAGCACACUGCACUCUCCACCGGACCUCAACCGGACCGGAGGAUGGGAGGACCCUACGUGCACCAAAAAGUCCCCGAUCAAUUCUCGUUACCAGAAACCCGUUACCGGACAACAUGCCGACAUGAAAUUCAUCGUGAGGCCAUCGAGGUUCCCCAGCCCUCUCAAGGCCUCCUUGUUGAGAUCUCCUUAUUCAAGAAGACCGUUUUCCCUCUUUCACACCCACCAGGAAAGACCCCAGUACGACCGCCCGCUCAGCAGUCGCCAUGAGCUAGAGGACAAAGUCCCAUGGCUGGCUAACCAGCCUCUACACCAGCUGAGUCUGGCCGAUCUCGUCAAACACGGCCGCCCCCCUCUCUCCGCCGAAGCCCUCCUCUCUUCAGCGCGCUUCACCCUCUCCCUACUCCCCAUCCGCCUCGCCCACCGCAUCCAAGCCCUGCGCAACCUCCCUUACAUCGUCGUGUCCAACCCCAACAUCUCGCGCAUCUACAACAACUACCAGCACUCCUUGUCCACCUUACUCCCCUGGCAAGGCAAGACCAUCUCCACCCUCGACGACGAAAUCAAAUUCACCCAGGUCCUCGCCGAGCUCGUCCAGACGCACACCGACACCAUCCCCAUCCUCGCCAAGGGCUUCAUCGAAUGCCGCAAGUACAUUUCUUCCCAGGAAGUCACCCGCUUCCUCGAUGAACACCUGCGCGCCCGCAUCGGCACCCGCCUAGUAGCCGAGCAGCACAUAGCCCUGCACUACAGCUCCACCCCCCAUUUCGACCCGGAAGCUUCUCCGACCCCCUGCCCGGAACCGGAGACGCACCCGUCUUACAUCGGCGUCAUCGACACCGCCCUGCGGCCCGCGAACGUGAUCGAUUCCUGCGGUGGUUUCGUAGCCGACAUCUGCGAGCUCAACUACGGUGUGCGGCCCGAAUGGGUCCUCGACGGCGAUCCAGAGGCUAGCUUCGCCUUCGUGCCCAUGCACCUCGAGUACAUCGUCACGGAACUCCUCAAAAACGCAUUCCGCGCGACGGUAGAAAAUGGCAUGAGCCGCGAGCCGGUCGUCAUAACCAUUGCGCCCGAGCCGGUGAGUAGUCCCGCCAGCGCGGCGACGCCGGGUGUAUACUCCGAUUGUCCUUCCAAGCCUUCCAACGAAGGCAAAACAAAGGCGUACGGCAUUAUCCCGCUACAUGACCACGCUCCGGGAGUGACGAUUAGGAUCAGGGAUAGAGGAGGGGGCAUCAACCCGGCUGUGCUGCCGCAUAUUUGGGGGUACUCGUUUACGACAUUUAACGAAGGUGAGGAGGAUGAGCCGCCUGGGGUAGGGGCGUGGGGGGAGGAAGCCAUGGGAUUGAUUUCGACGACGGGCGUGGGCGGGAGCACGAUUGCUGGGCUCGGGUAUGGACUGCCGUUGAGUAGGGCGUAUGCUGAGUACUUUGGGGGAGGGAUUGCGGUGCAGAGUUUGUAUGGGUGGGGGACGGAUGUGUAUUUAAGGUUGAAGGGGGUGGGAACGAUUCAGUAUUGA